AUGACUGUUUCGUACUACAAAUAUGUAGAAGAUGUAUUAACCUCUGUGCAAAGGACUGAAGAGUCCUUAAGAAGACUGAAACAAAUAAGAGAGAAGGCAUCACAACAAAGCAAUGACAGCAUUGGCACAACAGAUGGUGACAAGAUAAGGCUCCAACUUAAUGUGGAUGUUUUGUCAUAUACUGAGUUAGCGAAAUCUUUUCAUGUCAAUGUACAUAAAGUGCACAAAUAUAAUGAACUGUCAUCCAUGGUUACAGAAGCUGUAAAAAAUAUAGAAAUUAAA